CUGUUAGUCCCGUGGCCCAGACACAUGUGCCUUCUUUCCCCAGCCGUUCAAGUGUAUACCCUGGGCUACUAAAAAAAUGCUCAUGGCUGUGGAAGAGCAUGAAGCAGGACAAGAGAACAGCUGUAUGGACGAGUUUGCUGUACCCCAGGGGGGUGAAAAGGAGCUGCGGGACCAGCGCCCUCACGUGGAGAGGCUAUUCGGUGUUAAUCUGAAUAUUUUAGGGGUGCUUGACGAGACAGAGCUGCCUCUGGAGUAUGCAAGAUGUCAACAGAUGUGGCUUCAGCUUCAAGGAGACAGGAGGAGUGUGCAGAGAGCAAAGGACUAUAUCAAAGGGAUAUGCACGCCGGAAAUAAUAGAAGAUAUUGGCUACCCCCGUGAGAUGCAUUGCAUUUUUGUUGGGGCCAAGGGUCUCUUUCUGGACUGUCUGACCCGUGCCACUUCAGCAUGUCUGAAGCCCUUAAGUCCUGGGCGCAUUAGGAUCUCUGGCUUAGCAGAAGCUGCAGUGAUGGCCCAGAGCCAUGUUCAUGCUUUUGCAGACAUCUGUAAAUCGAACAUUACCCCGGAGGACAGAGAAACCCAUAUCAAAAGAAACUUCAAAGAUCUUGUUGAGGAAUACAGUGAUAACCAUGAACUAGAUCUUCUGAUUCUUUCAACCUCUGUAAAAGAGCAGUUACUGGCUUUGGUACAAGAAGAUUACAAGUGGUCAACAAAUAAAAAAGUAACAGGAAACAAGUUUGGGCAAGAAUAUUCUGGCAGUCGUGGUGAUGAUGAUACAGCCAAUCGGCCUUUCUUUCCUGCACAACUCCAGACACAAGAAAAACCUGGUAAACCUGCAAAACACAUAUGUCAAACAAAUUCAAGAACUAAUGGACGGGUCCUGCACCAGAGAGCUUCUGAACCAUGCCAUUUCCCCAUGGAAAAUGAAGUAUUGGAGUUUAGCAAGCAUAAAACUCAGCCUAAAAGAACAGACACAAGGAAAAGGCCUGUGAUGGAGGUAACUCCAGUAGACUUUCUGCAUCACUUUCCUAAUGAAAAUCCAAGGUCCAAUGAAAAUAAAGUACAGUUUGUUCUUGAUGAUGAUAAUGAUGAUGAAUUCCACCAAAUAUCUGGACUGCUGGAUACCAUUAUGGGCAGAGAGGAAGGAGAUCGAGGGUCCCAAGCCCAAUUUGCAUUAGACACACAGGAAGAAUUCAACAUGCUUCUAGACUUUUUUAAAACCAUGGGGUAUCAGGAGGCUAUUGUCCUUAAAGUACUGUCCGAGAAUGGAAUUCAGGAGCCUUCUAAGAUAUUGGACAAAGUUAAGCUUGAGCAAUCUAUUAGCUGUCAAGUAAAGACAAAACCAGACAGCCCCCCUCUAAAUUCUAAUGACAGAUCGCAUAGGCAUUCCGAUAAGAAUGAUGAUUAUCUUUUGGAGGUAAUGAAAUCUGCAGCUACAAAUUGUGGCUACUCCCCAACAGAAAUUGUCGAUAUUGGGGAUGGCUCAGUGGCAGGACUGCUUAGAAAACUCAAUGAAAAAAAUAUUUCUGAAGAUGGCAUGGCUUCACUUAAUGUUCAGAGAUCACAAAAGCCAAAGUCCAGUAGGGGGCUUGAAGAAACACCCAAUACCCAAUCAACAACCCAGUCAGGCAUGGAAAUGUCAGACAUGAUCAAAACAAAUAAAGCGUUCGGCAACCAUCCAGUGGAGGACCUUUUUCCUAUGGGGGUUCAAAAAGACAUUAGUGAUGUAGAUGGAACAAAAAAGGUAGCUGUUGAGGAAGACUCAAGCGCACCAGUGGUGACUGGAGCACAAAGGUUUAAUGAAGCCAUGCAGAAUCCUUUCCGACUCAACUUAAGAAAUGAAAAGGGGAAUGACCAGCUGAGGCAUAUCAUAAUAGAUGGAAGUAACGUAGCCAUGAUACAUGGACUAAGGCGCUUUUUUUCCUGCCGUGGUAUUGCUUUGGCUACACAGUAUUUCUGGGAUAGAGGACAUCGCAAUAUCACCAUAUUUGUACCUCAAUGGAGGACGAAGAAGGAUAGCAAAGUAAAAGAACAACAUUUUCUAACAGAGUUGAGCGAAAUUGGAUUACUCUCUUUAACACCAUCCAGAACUGUCGAUGGCAAAAGAAUUACGUCUUAUGACGACAGGUUUAUGCUGCAACUGGCUGAGAAGACAGAUGGUGUGAUAGUCACCAAUGAUAAUCUUCGAGACAUUUAUGAUGAAUCAGAUGCUUGGAAAAAUAUCAUCAAGGGCAGACUCCUGCAGUUCACGUUUGUUGGUGAUAUAUUCAUGGUACCAGAUGACCCUUUGGGACGAAACGGGCCACCCCUGGACAAGUUCCUAUGCAGAACGUCUCGAAAGAAGACCAAGUCAAAAGGUCAUUCAUUUGCUGGUCGAAGAAUAUCCCACAGCCCACCCAAACCCUCAUCACAGACUGAGGUGCUUAACUUUCGAGAGCGCAAACCCAACGUAUACAGAGUGGAAGAAGAGACUGAUGUUCGUACCAGAAAAGAAACAGAAAGGCUUAGGCAAGAACUACUACACAUUUUCCCUUCUCAAGACACAAAAGUGGAUUUUGUCCUUCAACGGGAGCCAUACUUAAAUGACCUUAACAAACUCUCUGAACUCAUAGUUACACUUAAGUUUUGAACUAGUUAUCAAAUCACAGACUACAGUUCACAGAAUCGUAACAACUAAGGAGUCACACUAUGAUCCCAGAGGUAAAAAAACAAACCUCUAACACACGAGAACCGAGUUACAGCAACAUUCAAACAUCGGAAACAAAACAGACCAUGUAAAAGUACGUGGUAUUUUAAGGUAUUUCCAUUUUUCAGAGAUCACCAAAUAAUACCGCCCCCUGGAAAUAAAUCAAGAUCACACAUCACUGGGAUGUCCAUGACACAGAUUUAAAAAGUUAUGUUUAUAUAUUUAUUUUUUCAGUCCACAUGUAUAUUUAUGAUCGGCUGCAAACAGCAGAUGGUGAUAAAAAAUAGCUGAUGUCUAUUC